AUGGAGAAAGUCCAAAUCGAACGGUCCGCAUCGCAACGCCUCGGCGGCACAUCUUCACACACGCCUCCGGCGCCACGAGCCGCGCCCCCACCCCAACCCGCCAUUGAUCUGUUUGGCGAUGAGACACCAGCACCUCCGCGAGCAAGUACAGGGCCUCCGCAAGCACGGUCUGUUCCUCCGAAGGCAGAGCCUGCUCCUCCGAAGCAGACCAAGGCCGGCGAUUCUUUGCUGGGGCUUGAUUUCCUAGGAAGUGCGCCAGCACAACCUGCUCGGCCUUCAAGCACAGGCCCGGCAGCCGCAGCCGCAGCACCCUCACGACCGGAUCUCAAGCAAUCUAUUUUGUCCUUGUAUGCUGCAAAGCCCGCAGCGCCUCCGCAGCCCCAACAACAUGCGCGUCAAGACUCCUUCGGUGGUCUUGCUUCUCCAUCGCAGCAAUCCCCACAACCGCAGCAGUCUGGCUUCGGAGGCAUGAAUGAUGCAUUCAGCAGUCUAUCCUUUGGCCAAGCGGCAGCACCUGCACCCAAGCCAUCUCCAUUCUCAGGUCUAGACAGCUUCACAAGCACCAGGUCACCGCCAUCCACCUCAUCAGGCAUGUUCGGCGGCGGCGGUAACUUCUUCGACUCGAAACCAAAGUCGCCACCAGCACAAAAGCCCGCUUCAAGCAAUUACUCAGCGUUCUCCUCCGCCCCCGCGCAACCCGCGCCCUCAAACUCGGGCAUGAACGACCUCCUCGAUCUUUCGAUGCCCUCCGCCCCGGCUCCCGCACCCCAGCCUCCCGUCCAGGCAAUGGCGUCUCCGCCCUUGAACUCCGCCUUCAAUCUCUCCCAACCCGCUGCUCCACAGCCCACUUCUCUCCCAGCAGCUGCACCAGCAGCCACCUUCUCCGGCUUCUCCAACAUGGAUGCCUGGGGUAGCACCGAUGCGUGGGCUUCUCCCGCUCCCGCACAGACGCAGACUACGCAAGCAACCGCGACGCAUACGCAGCCGAAGAGUCCAGGGUGGGGUGCGCCUACUGUCACUCAAGAUGAUGACUUUGGCGGAUGGAGCAGCGCUGCGCCCGUCUCAACGAGCACUACCACCACCACGCAUCAGACGAGUUCCACGAGUAAGCCUGCAGGUGGCUUUGGCGGUGGUGAUGAUUUGUUUUCGAAUGUUUGGGAGUAG